AUGUCGGUUGUACCGGUUCGAAGCUUGCUCGAUUCACAGCAAGUGUUAUUUUACAUUUCGUCCAUCUUUGGCGUUAUUCCGUAUUCGCUAUGGGCAUUCGCGAAACGAACCGUGCUGCAGCUCUCCAUCUUGGGCAAUCUAUGGGUGGUCUGCAGCUUGAUCGUCUAUACUGCUCUGUACCAUGUGGCAACCACCAACUACGUGAAGGACGAUUGGGGAACACAGAAAACACUCACGAAUGCGAUUGGCAUUUUCAUCAUCUACAUGGAACCAUUGAUGAUGGCAACUGAUAUGGUGGCCGCAAUGGUAAAUCAGAAACAGCUAAUACAGUGCUUCGAUCGUAUUGCACGCAUCGACAGUCAUCUUGCCACGGAAGGAAUCCUGCUCAAUAGCUCCCGCUUGCGACGUACGACAAUCGUCCUGUUGCUGCUGAUGCUGAUCUUCGAAGGGAUAAUCACGGUGUACAGUUUCGUGGUGUUUGAAGAGGAGUUUACCUUCUGGUCGAUGAUAUGGUUUAUAACGACCAUACCGACCGCACUGAACUCGGUGUGCCGCAUCUGGUAUGUGAUGCUUGUGUUGGCCAUCCGGCAACGCUUCAACGCCAUGAACGCGCACAUGAAUGCGAUUGCACACGGCAUACUGAACUACAAGGAUCAGUUUGUCGGCGAACCGGAUCCGGACAUUACCGAGAUUCCGCUAGACUAUCUGGAGAAAGAAAUAUUCACCGUGUACACGCAGCGCCGCAAGCAAUUGGCGGCUACUCCACCGAAGAAACCCAUCACGCAGAUUAUUGCCGUGAAGCCGUACCAAGGCAAGCAACCGGUAAGUCCGCCAGUGAAAACAUCGAUCGUUUCGGCGAACCGUAACCGUGCCAUCCAACCAUGGUCGGACAUGGAAGGGCUCGGGCCGGCCCAGGAGUACCUACCGAGCGAUCUUCGGCUACGCGUCAAAAUUGAGCAACGAUUAGACAACAAGCUGAUACUUAUCUGCCGGACACAUGACGAGCUGUGUGAAGUUGGAAAGAUCGUCAACCGUAUGUACAGCGUCCAGAUGCUGGUCGCAAUGGCGCACGGUUUUGUGGCGAUAACGGCCGAGUUUUAUUUUCUCUACUGUAGCCUCACAGGGCAAGAGGUUCCCAUACUGUUUCGCUCAGCGGAAGUAUUUCUACUAGCAUUGACGUACAUCACCUACACGGCGCUGAAGUGUAUCGUACCGAUAUUUGUGUGCUGGAAGACAAAAACGGACUCCCAGCGAACGGGAAUCGAGAUGCAUUAUCUGGCGAAUGUGGUCGACGAGUGUCACUGCUACGAGGUGGUCAACCAUCUCUCAUUGAAGUUGCUGAACCACCAUUUAAAUUUCAGUGCGUGUGGCUUUUUCGAUCUGGACAUGACAACACUAUAUGCGAUAACGGGUGCGAUUACCAGCUACCUGAUCAUACUGAUACAGUUCAAUCUGGCAGCGAUACAGAAAUCCAGCAGCAACUCAACUAUUGCUUCUAACGUUACCAGCACUACGGCCAUUGCGGUUAUUGAGGAUGUAGUCAGCACUGCUCUAACAAAGUAUGUUUCAAAUUAA